AUGACAGUCAUUGAACCCCCCGCCCCAGUCCCAAUCGCAACGCCCUUCUCACAAUCCCGCUUCCUAUCCGAACUCGAAAGCGCCUGCAAAGCUCUCAACACGGCCUACUCUGAACCUACCACACUGAAGAUCCUUAAAACCUUCGAGAAAAGCUUCACCCGCGGCGCCGUCCUCUUCCGCACAACCAAUCAACCCGAAGGACCGUUGAACUAUCGCGUCUACGAGCGGCAGAGCAUCGAUAUGGUUUCGCUCGCCACAAACGCCGGCCUCCUCCCUCGCGAUUCGUCAUUGGGAAAGCUCGUACUGACCUGGUCCUCUUUAUACGGCAAUGAAAGCCACCAGCUAGCAGACUUUGAUUCUUCCAAAGGAUUGGUAAAAUUCUGGGUCUUUCUCGGUGGGAUACGGCCGCUUGAUGAGAUAUUGAAUGUCCCUGGUGUUCCGGAGUGCAUACGCGGCUACAGAGGCAUGUUUAAAACCAUAAACCUCACGGGCGUGCGGCAUACAGCCGUCGAUCUCGAGAAAGGGUCCAUGAAUCUGUAUUUCCGGACACCGCCUGACCUUUCGAGGAGAGAUAUGGAUGAAUACAUUUCCCUCGCGGGGGCCGAUCCCCUACCCGAUGCGCUUUUCGAAGAAAUACACGCACCCUUCCCGAGGGCCGGCGGGACGUUUGCGGUGACGAUGGAUAUGACCACGGGGCGGAUUUCGCGCGUUGCGUUUUAUGCGCUCCGUCUCGAGGAGAAUAAUCCUCCGGCUUCGGCGGUUAGUGGGCGGAUCAAGACGUUCUUCGAGGUUUGUCCGUCGUAUGAUCCCGACGAGAUGAAGGCGCUUGCGUGGUCGUUUGGAGAAGGAAACAAGCGGUAUGUCAAGGCGGAGCAUAGCUAUACAGGGGAUUUGGUUGGGCUGAUUCGGGGGUGGGGGACGAGUAUGAGUUGCGCCGAAUAA